AUGGCCCGUGAAAACCACGGCCUGAACGCGUGUAGCUUUCACCCCAUACUCAAUGUUGUUAUGGAGGAAGCGUGGGGCGUGGUGGAUCUGAUGAGGAGGCUUGGGGCUUCGCCUGAUCUGACGGCGUACAAUUAUCUAUUGAUCGCGUAUUGUUUCUUCGGAGAUUUGGAUCUGACGACUGCAGUGCUGAAAAGGAUUGAGGAGAAGGGGAUGAGUGCGGACACGCGUACGUACGAUGCGCUGGUGCUAGGCGCGUGCAAGGUGGGGAAGGUGGAGGGGGCUCUGGUGCUGCUGAGGAGGAUGGUGGACGAUGGAGUGCCGAUGCAGCUUUCGACACACGUGUACAUGAUUGAUUCGCUGCUGAACGCGAGCUUUUACGAUCAGGCGGUGAAGUUUGUGAGGAGCUUUAGCGGGAGGGACACGUGGCUGAACAAGAAGAAUUUCGGGAGCUUAGGGUAUCGGCUCAUCAAGUUGAAGAGGUUUGACAAGGCAAAACUGGUCUUGGACGAAAUGAAAUCCAGGGGUUUAGAUAUGGGCGAGAAAUUGAAGGAGAAAUAUGAGAUUAUUUAG